ACCGCAAGUCCGCAAUCACGGAAUAAAUACAGUGAGUGAGUCUUCAACCAAAACACCCCAUUGCCUUUCUCAUUUCCCUUUCUCCUAUUUCCAAUCAACAGCUCGGAAUGGGGUGGAUUGGAGAGCAGAUCGAUUCCAUCAAGUCUAUACAGUUCAGGCAACUUCUCACUCAAGCUAUUACUCUCGGUAUGAUCGUUACUUCUGCGUUGAUUAUAUGGAAAGGGCUAAUGUGCAUAACUGGCAGUGAAUCACCAGUGGUGGUUGUUCUCUCCGGAAGUAUGGAACCUGGCUUCAAAAGGGGUGACAUAUUGUUCUUGCGUAUGACUGAAGAUCCUAUUCGCACUGGAGAAAUAGUUGUGUUUAAUAUUGAUGGUCGUGAAAUUCCAAUCGUCCACAGAGUGAUAAAGGUCCAUGAGCGCCAAGAUACUGGAGAAGUUGAUAUACUAACAAAAGGAGAUAACAAUUUUGGGGAUGAUAGAGCUCUAUAUGCCCAAGGGCAGCUCUGGUUACAGCGUCAGCAUAUCAUGGGGAGAGCGGUUGGGUUUUUGCCUUAUGUGGGCUGGGUUACAAUAAUAAUGACUGAGAAGCCUAUUAUCAAGUAUAUUUUGAUAGGUGCCCUGGGGUUGUUGGUCAUCACAUCAAAAGACUAGGGCAAGUAUUGAGUGGAACAACAUAGGGCUUGGCUUAUGUGAGCUGUCCGUAGUUUCCAGCUCUCGUUUAUGCUUAUAUUUUCCCUGACUUAAUUUUACGUAGAGAUGUUAGAGUGCUUGGGAAUAUGCUUGAACACACAUUCUGUAUGGUUGUCAACUUUCAAUCUUUAUGUUGGAGUAAAAGUCAUAUCAUAUAGGUAAUGUAAUGAACUAAAAAGAAACCAUUAUUAUAGUAGCCAUGUUGAUUUUGAGAAUAAUGUGCAUUUGAGGAUUUGCAUGACAUGGGAAUAUGAUGGAAUAAAGCAAUCGGGGAUGACCUCAAG